AUCAUGUGGCCAUACUUCAAACUUUCUCUCACAUCUGAUCUGAUAUGUUAGAUUCACAUCCAUUUGUAGCCCGUGAAUGAAUAACAGUUACGUACAUUUUACUUUCACCCUUUUUAAUUUUUACAUGGUGAAUAUAUAUGAGUUUUAUAAUGAAAUGAUGACUUUGAAUUUGGGUCAAUCAAGACCAGACAGAUAUACUUACUUGAAUGAGUGAAUCAUUCAUUAUUAAGCCUUUUGUUCAGUUCCAAAUUCCUCGUACGAAAGCAAGUGUUGUUGGAGACUUGGAGGCAUGGAGAAGGAGCAGCUUGAAUAUGUGUUGGUGCCAUUGGGUCUGUUGGUGUAUCUGACAUACCAUAUCUGGCUUGUCUACACCAUUGUACACAACCCUCUUCGAACUGUUAUUGGCCUUAAUGCUGAGUCUCGUCAUCAGUGGGUUCUUUCCAUUAUGAGUUAUUGGCAGCAUGUGGCAAGUUGUAAUUCAUUGAAUCCUCCCAUCAAGGAUCCGUUAAAGAAUGGGGUUUUGGCAGUUCAAACUAUUCGCAACAAUAUCAUGGCAUCUACUCUUCUAUCUACAACAGCCAUCACACUCAGUUCACUUAUUGGUAUUUUCGCUAGCAGCAUGUGGAGUUCUGAUGACACGGCUUUCAUACCUUCUGGCCGUACUUCAAUCAAACAUAUUUCUGUCACCAUUUGCUUCCUUGUUGCAUUUUUGUGCAAUGUACAGUCUAUUAGAUACUAUUGCCAUGUCAGUUUCCUAAUCACUGCUCCAACACUCAGAGACAAAAGGGAGUAUAUGGAAUAUAUUGCCGUGACUUUGAAUCGUGGGAGUCAUGCUUGGUCUAUUGGACUUCGAGCAUUUUACUUGUCAUUUCCAUUCUUCCUCUGGAUUUAUGGGCCCAUACCUAUGUUUGCAUGUUGCUGCUUGACAUCACUUGUUUUGUUCUUCUUGGAUACGACGGCUAAAAUCACGCGGAAUCUUCAUAGUAACUCAUUCAGGAAGGAGAGGGGAACUCAUGAUGUAGAGUCUGCUGUGGAACCUGAUUAUCAUCCUUUACCUGCUAACAAUUUGUCUCAAAACUCAGGUGUCAAUCAUGUAUAAUUAAUUAUAAAUGUAACAAAUUUGUAUGUUCCUAUUGAGAAGUAUGAACAUGUGCCAGGGGUGUGAGUGAGAAGGAUUCACCAGAGAGUACUAGGUGGUAUGUUUUGUUUCUUGUUAAUAGUAGUAGAAUUCAUUUUUGUUUUCUUUGCGUCAGUUAAUUUUCACUUCCUUGGGAUGAACUUACCCAUGUACUUACUUACAAUUGUCCCAAUAAUUUUUGCUGUAUCAUUCAAUUCCUCA